AUGGUUCAACUCACAGAGGUCGAGGACGAGCACUUCCAGCAGCAGUCCCAGCAGAUCGAUGACGACGACUUCACAGAUACCGACUCGGAGAUCUCUACCGACAGCAACUACGACCCAUUCGAGGAGUCGCUGGCUGAGCGGCUCUAUGCGCUGCGCGACAUUGUGCCGCCGACGGCGCGCGGGUGGAUGUGGAACAAGGUGCAGGGCACAACGCGCUUCGUCAAGACGACGCUCUUCUUCUGCGGCCGCGCCGCCUGGGCGCUGAGCGUCAGCGCCCUGCUCGUCGGCGUGCCCUUCGCCCUUGCCCUGUCUGAGGACCAGAACCUCAUGGCCAUGGAGCAGGAGCAGCGCAUGCGCGAGAUGGGCGCCGAGAUGCUGACGUCCGGCGCCGAGGACAAGGACACGGCCGAGCGCGUCGGCGCCGCCCUGGGACGCGAGGGCGGCAGCGGCGCAGCGAGGCCCGCGCUCUGA